AUGCCCCUUCGCCGGCAAUCUGCCGCACCUUCUUUCACCACGCCUCCUUCUACACGGAAGAGAAAGGCGGCCGAGGCGGCGAUUGCGGACAACCAGCCUCUCCCCAAAGCCGCCACCAAGGCUAGCCACGCCGAGAACGCCACUCCAUCCGACCCGCGCUCCAAACAAGAUUCUCUCACAGUCUCAUCGCUCUCCCACUUCCCGGACUCCCAUAGCCCCAGUCGAAAAAAGACGGAUCUCGUGACCCCUGCGACGACUACGGGCAGCAUGGAUUCCGACGAUGACUUCCUGAGCGACGUGUCGAGUUCCGGCGACUUCCUCGACAACCAGAAUAGCGACGAUGAGAGUCUAGGUGAUGAUUUCGGUGAUGACCUCGACACCGGCUUUUCCGAUGACAAGGACCUGAUAAAGCAAAAACGGAAACCCUACGAAGUCGAGUACAAAGUUCUAGACCCAUUUGACAUUCAACGUGAGCAGGAUGUGCAAGUCGAAGAUGUCUCCGCGAUUCUCGGUCUUCCUCCAGAGUCGGCGGCGAUCCUAUUACGCUUCGGUCGGUGGAAGCAAGAGAAGCUUAUCGAGGGGUACAUGGAACACCCAGAAGAGACAUUAGAAGAGGCAGGACUUGGGACGAAUUUCGAGGGACUCGCGAAGACGGAGAAGCUGGCAGACUUCAUGUGUGAUAUUUGUUGCGAGGAAGGUCCCGACCUUGAGACGUAUGCGAUGCGAUGUGGCCACCGGUUCUGUGUCGACUGCUACCGACACUACUUAUCGCAGAAGAUCAAGGAUGAAGGCGAGGCUGCACGCAUCGAGUGCCCAGGUGAUAGCUGUCACCGUAUCGUGGAUUCCAAGUCGCUUGAACUACUUUUGGCAGACAACCACGCCCUUCAGGAGCGGUAUGUCUUCCCAUUCUCGGCGACCAAAGGCAAGCUUACUGACAAUAACUCUCUACAUAGAUAUCGCACGCUUCUCACCCGGACGUAUGUGGAUGACAAAGAUAAUCUUCGUUGGUGCCCGGCGCCCAAUUGCGAGUAUGCCAUCGACUGUGCAGUUAAACCACGCGAUCUGCGCCGCAUUGUACCCACCGUAUCCUGCCUCUGCAAGCAUGACUUCUGCUUCGGAUGCUCCCUCAAUGAUCACCAGCCCACUCCUUGCGCACUGGUAAAGAUGUGGCUGAAGAAAUGUGAGGAUGACUCUGAGACAGCAAACUGGAUCUCGGCCAACACCAAGGAGUGUCCCAGGUGCGUCUCAACAAUUGAGAAGAACGGCGGCUGCAACCACAUGACUUGCCGCAAGUGCAAGCACGAGUUCUGCUGGAUGUGCAUGGGACUCUGGUCGGAGCAUGGUACCAGCUGGUACAACUGCAACCGAUACGAGGAAAAGUCCGGUGCAGAUGCUCGCACAGCUCAAGCCAAGUCGCGCGCGUUCCUGGAGCGCUAUCUGCACUACUACAACCGUUAUGCAAACCACGAACAGUCAGCCAAGUUAGACAAGGAUCUAUAUCUCAAGACUGAGAAGAAAAUGACUAGCCUCCAAUCACAGUCGGGGCUGUCUUGGAUUGAAGUUCAGUUCCUGGACACUGCUUCACAGGCAUUGCAGCAAUGCCGACAGACCCUAAAGUGGACGUAUGCAUUUGCCUUUUAUCUGGCGCGCAACAACCUCACCGAGAUCUUUGAGGACAACCAGAAGGAUUUAGAAAUGGCUGUUGAAAGUCUCAGUGAGAUGUUCGAGAAGCCAGUGCCGGAGUUGGCCAAGUUGAAAGUCGACAUUCUGGAUAAAACUGCCUACUGUAACAAGCGCCGAGUCAUUCUAUUGAGCGACACCGCAGAAAAUCUGAGAAAUGGUAUUUCCAACAUCCCAAUCCUGACACACUUUGAAAUAUUAAUCGCUUACACCAGUCGCAGGAGAAUGGGCGUUCAACGUCGAAUGGUGAACCCAUAUUUCAACCCUGUUCGGACGACUACGGAUAAGAUCUCACGACGUGAACGAAAACUCCCCCAACUUGUCACCGCCUGA